GCUUUUGGCUGUUGGCGGUAAUCUGUGAUGAUUACUUUUUGCCCGCCAUCGAGUUAAUAUGCCAAGCGCUACAGAUGCGCGCCGAUGUGGUCGGCGCCACUUUUAUGGCAGUCGCCACUUCAAGUCCGGAACUCUUUAUGAAUUGCGUUGGUACAUUCGUGACAAAGGGUGACAUCGGCAUUGGCACAAUUGUGGGCUCGUCUGUAUUUAAUUUACUGGCUGUACCGGCGUGUUGUGGUCUCUUUGUGGGCCAAUGCGUGCGUUUGGACUGGUGGCCGGUGAGUCGCGAUUGUUUGAUGUAUUGCCUGGCUGUGAUCGCGUUGAUCUGCACGCUCUGGGACGGCAAAGUGAUGUGGUACGAAUCGUUGAUGCUCUUCUUGGUGUACUUCAUUUAUAUGGCAGUGAUGUACUACAACGAUAAUUUCGCACGCUCAGCACGUCGUCUGAUCUCUCGUUAUCGCCGUAAACUGCGUUUGGUGUUUUCCUAUCGUGAAGUUAGUGAGCUAACGCCACUUAUUAGACGUCAGCAUACAUUCAACGGUAUUACCAAUUAUACAUUGGGAACGUCUUUUAAUAGCAUUAAUAACUGUGCUUCAAGCAAUAAUCUGGCAACAUUUUAUAUACCCGAUUCGUCUACGCAACUCUAUCCUAGUUUGGAGGAUAUCGAAAGUUGUCGCACGUCAGUGACACAAAAUGAUAGUUGCAGUUGGACGUUAGACUCCGAACCAAACUUCGUUAAUGAAACUGACUAUAAUGCAACAGAUUUCGCUGAUCUACCUUGGCAACGCGGUGAUGCUUCGUGGCUGUGUUUCAUAAUCCGUUGGCCCAUCACGUUUCUGCUAUACAUAACGGUACCCGAUAGUCGCAGACAUCCGCAAGCCAAAUAUUUAACAUUUGCGGCAUCGAUUAUAUGGAUUGCGGUGAUCUCAUAUGUGGUGGCCUAUGCGAUAACCGUAAUAGGCGAUACGCUCAACAUACCCGACUCUGUUAUGGGGCUCACAAUACUCUCCGCCGGCAUGAGUGUACCGGAAGCUGUCUCCAGCAUUAUUGUCACGAAACAGGGACUUGGCGCUAUGGGCAUCAGCAAUGCAAUUGGUUCGAAUACAUUCGACAUUUUACUCUGUCUCAGCGUGCCUUGGUUUAUCAAAGCAUAUUUCCUACCCAAUCACCCGGAUGAAAUGUGGGUUGCGCCCAAUUCGAAUGGACUCACAUAUUCAGUCAGCUUUCUGCUUGCGUCUGUUGUUUGUCUCUUUCUAACAUUACUGUUGAAUCGUUUUAAAUUGGAUCGCAAAGUGGGUUUAAUAUGCGCCAUUUUAUAUGUCUGUUUCAUUGUUUGUGCGGCACUCAUCGAGCUCAAUGUUUUCUUUCCGGUUAAUCUACCUGUAUGUGAGCACUGAGUGCAAACGAGUGAGGGUGACGGUCAAGUUGCACGAUCUAGCCAUAUUAUUGCAUGAACUUUAGAUUUUGUACAAUUAUUUUUAUUAAU